AUGGCUUCAUCCUCUUUGACGUCUUGUAUAGCGGCGACGAUUUUCGAGGAGAUGAUGGUGACUUGCGGCAAGCUAGCUUCGUGCAGCGCCUCAACUUGGACAACAAUCAUGGUGGGGGUCGAUGGGUGUGACAUGCUCGCCGGCGGCAUGGCGACUGUCGCUGAUGGCGUAGGUUGCUCAACUGACAUCUUGGGAGGGCCAGGUGAAGGUUUGCUACUGGUCUGA